GAUUAACAGACAGACAGAACUUGACAGAAGCUUUGGUAAAACAGAACGUGCCGUAGACCCUGUCCAAAAUAGUAUUUUUGUUUAUCUUUUGAAUAUUUCAUAUAAUUCCUUUGGUUUCCUACGAAUAUCACGCAAUCAUGAAAGCAGCGCAGGCUGUAAAUAGGUUUCUCGCAAGACCUAUGAAUAAAUUUAAUUCACGUUGCUUGGAUAUUUCAACCAAACUACAGGUGCGACAUAGUGCCACUUUAUUAAAUCCACAUUUUAACUUAUUAGCUCCCGUGGCUGUGAAAAUAAGGAAUUUAGGACUUGGUCCUACUUCAAAAGAUUUUGAAGAUUCCCCACAACCUCAGAUUACUAGUCCCCUAACAAAAGUACACGCGAACGAGCUCGUGUUGCAUCUAACUGAUGAAGAAAGAAAAGUUCUGCUCUACGCUUUACAAGAAUUUGAGUCUAAAAGAUUAAAAGAGGAUUUCGAAGAUAAGUUGGCUGGUCGCAGGUGGAGGAGUACACUAGGCAGACCCAGUAAAGUUCCGACACUAGGUGAUGUUGAUCCCACAGGCUCAUACUGUGAGGUGCCAGAAGACUGGCUGAAGAAAAAGUAUGCGGCUAAGGCGCCGGUACCCACCACGAAGGAGUUGUUACACUUGUCAUUGGCAAAUUCCAUACCAUUCAUUGGAUUCGGAUUCUUGGACAACUUCAUUAUGAUUAUUGCUGGCGACACGAUAGAGACGUCGAUGAGCGCGUACAUAACGCUGACGACGAUGGCGGCGGCGGCGCUGGGCAACACGCUGAGCGACAUCAUCGGCAUCGGCUCGGCGUACUACGUGGAGCGCGUGGCCACGUGGGUGGGGCUCGGCGCGCCCAAGCUCUCGCCCGUGCAGCUCGACAUGACCAUCUGCCGACAGUUCUCCAACCUGGGUCGGGUGCUAGGCAUCACAAUAGGCUGCAUCCUGGGCAUGACGCCGCUGCUGUUUAUAGAUGACGAGACGAAAUCCGAACAGAAGCCAGACGACAAGAAAACACAAUAGGUAUACAAAACAUAUCUUUAACCUAUGAAAAGUAUCCUGCCCCUUUAGGUUAUAUUCAUGAUCUUGAAUAUAUCUGUCUAUAGUAAAAUAUCUAAAUAAGCAUUGCACGUCUACUCAUAGAAGUAAAUUGUUAAGCAAUUCAAGUACGCACAUCCGCUCAGUCCGCGCGGGAGUGUUGCGCAUCUUGCGCAUGAACAUUUAGCGCAGACGAAUUUGUGUACAAAUCUUAUCAUGAAUUUUGAUAGGCUUUUUUUAUUGCUCUUACUCUGCUUAUGUCUGCACUCUGCUCUUAGUAUAUAAUAUUUUAGAGGAAUUUACUAUUUUUACUUCUUGGGUAAAGUUCAUAUUUAUAAGAAACUAUAUUUUAUUUACAACACAAAAAUAGCUUUAGGUAAACAUGGGUCAGUGAGACCAUGAUAUCAGCUCCUUAUAGUUGAAUAUUUGUGACCAGGUAUUGUUAAGACUAUUUAAAAUAAUAAUAUGUGGAUAAGAAUUAACAGCUUACACCAUAAUUAUGUAUUUAUUGCUAAUUAAUAAUAAUGUCAGAAGCUAUGUUAUAGUUAUUAUCCUUUUUUAUUACAUUUUUUUUGUAUAAUAUGAUAUUAAUUUAAAUAAUGCAGUGCAAUCAUUUGCUAUAAUGUGCAUUACUGCUUAAAAUAAUAUUUCCAACCUGCUUUAAAAUAAUAACUUGUGCAAUACACGAACACACCAAGGGACAUUGUGAUUUAGAAUGUUAUCUCAGUUAAAGCAAAUUAACACAUGCAUAUGUUUUGUCCUAGUAUAUAUUUCUUUUUGUUUUAUACUCAUAUAAUUUAUUGAAUGAUUUAUGAAUUAAUUAUGAUGUAUAAUUAUAUUUUAUACAUUGUAAUUAUGUUGUUGUUUAUGGAUGUAUAAUUUGAAAGUGUUCAAUUAUUUGUAAGAAGUGAAAAGUUUAUUUAGUAGUUUGUGUGUAUUCAAAAGGAUUUUUUUUAUUUUUUUUGCCAACAGUCUCGACAGUUAGAAUAAUAACCGUCUCGAGACUCUAAGGUUGCAGCUUCACUCAUAAUUCCGGCUUAUCUAAAUAAUAUUUUUUAAUCUAAAUAAUAAUUAUUUUUAUUUAACAUAUUCGCACGGUACUGUAUAUGCCCCACGCACAUAUCUGCUUACUGCAAUUUGUAUAGUAAGUGCAAUCUGUGCAAUAAUAACUUAUCAGUUCUCGAAAACUUUGAAGUAGCUACUGUAAGCAUUAUAAAGUAGUUAAGCAACUGUCACCCUAGUGCGAUGCAUUCAAGUGACCAGCACGGUAUAUAAUUUUAAAAGUACAUACUAUCUAUGUUCAAAUAUAUAGAGUGGUCUUGUAAUAAUUUAUUAUGAUGAAUGUACUUACUGCACUUUAUGGAAUUCAUGUAAUUAUAGCCAUAUCUGUCGUGCAGAUGUUAACUUGAAGUAAGCUUAUGUUCAGAAGUAAUGUAAUUCUAUUGGUAGCUCAAUAUAAAGCACAAAAGUUGUAUCUAGUCAAUGCACAGUGAAAAUGUAUAUUGUAUUACUGUAUUGUAUUAGUACAAAGUUGGCACUAGUUGAAACUCAGCCACUUUCUUUGUGAAAAUAUACGAGAAAUAUGUUUUAUCUUGUAAUUAGUAGGGAAAUGCUUAUAAUUUAGUUGUGUACAUACUACAAGUUAUGUGAUGGUUAAAAUACUGCUGCCAUAAUCGUCAGAACUUGUUGAGCUGACUGUGUAUAGUAUACUAGCCAGUUGAUUUUUGUUUUACAAUUUAAAUCAAACCACAUCUAUAAACAGUUACAGUUUGUAGGACUUUUUAUCCUUAUAUUUUUUCAUUGUAAUAAGUUGCCGUAACAAUGAACCCUGUGUUGGCUUCACAACUGAGAUCCCCACCGUCCAUUACAUGUAUAAAGUAUAAAGGACAUAAACAAUUUGAUUUUAAUGCCCAUCGACUGCAACAAAGUAUACGACACUGUACGUAGUAUUUUAAUCACGAAUUUAAGUUCAAACACUGUAUUAAAUGUUAUGUAAAGUUGUUAAUAUUGGUGAUUUGAAAGUAUCCAAGUGUUAUGUGUGUUUAAUAUAUGACUUGUUUCUAGAUGAGGUUAAUAAACAAUAAUAAUUAUUUA